CUAACCCACCAACCCACUUGGGAUGACUGUCAACAGCUUUUACAGGCCCUCCUGACCACGGAAGAGCAGCAGCAGGUUUUCACAGAAGCCCGCAAAAAUGUGCCGGGGGAUGACGGCCGCCCCACUCAGCUACCUAACGAGAUUGAUGAGGUGUUCCCGCUGACUCGGCCUAAUUGGGAUUUCAAUACGACAGCGGAGGGGCGGAGCCAAGUCCGUCUCUACCGCCAGGUUCUCCUGACAGGGCUCCGAGGGGCAGGAAGGUGCCCCACCAAUUUGGCCAAGGUACGUGCGAUUGUGCAGGGUAGUGAGGAAACUCCGGCAGAAUUUUUAGAAAGGCUAAUGGAAAGAUACAGAAUGUAUACUCCCUUUGACCCACAGGCCCCUGACCGGCAGGCCGAUGUAAUCAUGUCCUUCAUUGGACAAUCGGCCCCAGACAUCCGCACAAGGCUACAGAGGCUGAAGGGGUUGCAGGGGUAUACACUGCAGGACCUAGUUAAAGAGGCAGAAAAGAUUUUCAAUAAAAAAAAAAAAAAGGAGAAAAGAAAAGAGAGGUUACGCAGAGAACAGGAACGUAGGAAAGACCAGAGAAAUAAAAAAAGGAACAAAGACUUAGUUAAAAUCCUAGCCACCGCAGUCACAGGACCAGAGCAGACUAAAGGCAGACAAGAUAGGGACCUGGGAGACAAACGGAGGCCACGGUUGGACCGAGACCAGUGCGCAUACUGCAAAGAAAGAGGACACUGGGCUAAGGAUUGCCCGAACAAAGGACAGCCAAGGCGCCAGCGGAGAGCGAUGCCCGUCUUGGCGCUGGAAGACGACGACUAGGUAGGUCAGGGCCAGGCGCCUCCCCCUGAGCCCCGGGUAACUCUAAAACUGGGAGGCUGGCCAGUCACCUUCCUGGUCGAUACGGGAGCCCAACAUUCAGUCCUCACAAUGGCCGGAGGCCCCCUUAGUUCCAAGACUUCAUGGGUCCAGAGGGCCACUGGAGAAAAACUGUACAAAUGGACUACUGAGCAUAAAGUCGACCUGGCAACAGGGCGGGUCACGCAUUCGUUUCUACUAGUGCUGGACUGCCCAUACCCCCUGCUGGGAAGGGAUCUGCUCUCAAAGGUUGGGGCCCAGAUCCAUUUCCAAGACAAGGGAGCCACAGUAGUCGGCCCCGCAGGCCAACCCCUCCAUGCGUUGACCCUCCAGCUGGAAGACGAACACAGCCUUCACGAGAGCCCCCUAUCAGCUCAGCCCCAAGUAACAUCUGAAUGGCUUACUAAAUUCCCCCAGUCUUGGGCGGAAACGGGAGGAGUAGGGCUGGCUAUCAGACAGCCCCCGGUGAUAGUAAACCUGAAGCCCAUGGCCACUCCCGUAUCAAUCCGCCAAUAUCCUAUGGCUGCGGAGGCGAAGAGUGAAAUUCGACCGCAACAGAGACUGAUAAAACUGGGCAUAUUGAGACCUUGUCGGUCACCUUGGAACACCCCUUUGUUACCAGUCAAAAAGCCUGGCUCUAAUGAUUACAGGCCAGUGCAAGACCUACGGGAAGUAAACCGUAGGGCUGAGGACAUUCACCCCACGGUCCCUAACCCAUACAACCUGUUGAGCACCCUGCCCCCGACCCGAACUUGGUAUACAGUGCUUGACUUGAAAGAUGCCUUCUUUUGUCUAAGACUGAGUCCCCAGAGUCAACCUCUCUUUGCCUUCGAGUGGAAAGACCCAGAGACUGGGUCUUCGGGACAACUAACAUGGACCAGGCUUCCCCAAGGGUUCAAGAACUCCCCUACGCUGUUUGAUGAAGCCCUACACCAGGACUUGGCAGACUUCCGGGUAAGCCACCCAGAGUUGACUCUCCUACAAUACGUGGAUGACCUAUUGUUAGCUGCAGAGACUGAGCAGGGUUGCACGAGAGAUACGGAGGCCCUACUCUGUAGGCUGGGAGAGCUAGGAUACAGGGCUUCCGCGAAAAAGGCCCAACUUUGCACCCAAUGCGUGACCUACCUGGGCUACGUAUUGGAGGGGGGUCGGAGGUGGCUGACUGAGGAACAGAAAAAGGCCAUAGCGCUCAUCCCGCCGCCUAAAAAUGCUCGUCACCUCAGGGAGUUCUUGGGCAGCGCCGGUCUCUGCCGCCUCUGGAUACCGGGUUUUGCGGAGAUGGCAGCAUCCCUGUACCCCCUAACCAGGACAAAUUCCCCGUUCAUCUGGGGAAGGGAACAACAAUUAGCUUUUGACAGAAUAAAACGGGCCCUCUUGGAGGCCCCUGAAUUAAGCCUCCCGGACCCCGCUAAGCCCUUUACCCUCUAUGUGGAUAAAAAAAAAAGAAAAAUGACAAAAGGUGUCUUGACUCAGGAUUUGGGGCCCUGGAAAAGACCUGUGGCGUAUUUUUCAAAGAAACUGGACAGUGUCGCCUCGGGGUGGCCCCCUUGCCUCUGCAUGAUUGUGGCUGUGGCCGUCUUGGUGAAAGACUCAGACAAAUUGACUUUGGGGCAACCACUUACCAUAGUGGCACCCCAUGCCAUCGAGGCCGUCAUCCGCCAACCGCCAGAUAGAUGGCUCUCGAACGCCAGGGUCACCCACUACCAGGCCAUGCUGCUCAACCCUGAAUGGGUCCAGUAUGGAACUGCUGCCUCGAUCAACCCGGCCACCCUGCUUCCUGAGCCGGGGUCUGAAUCACAAGUCAACCACGACUGCCACCAAGUGUUAGCCGAAGUGCACGGGACCCGAGAGGACCUGACCGAUCUACCCCUGUCAAACGCAGUCACCUGGUAUAUGGACGGGAGCAGCUUCUUGCACCAAGGUGAGAAAAAGGCAGGGGCGGCAGUGAUUAAUGGGAAAACUGUCAUAUGGGCCUCUGCUCUGCCCCCAGGGACUUCGGCACAGAAGGCUGAACUUGUGGCCCUCACCCAAGCACUUUGUGCUGCUGAAAAUCGGAGAGUAAAUAUUUAUACAGACAGCCGUUAUGCCUUUGCCACUGCGCAUAUACAUGGAGAAAUAUAUCGGAGGAGAGGGUUGCUAACCUGAAGGGGCAAGGACAUUAAAAAUAAACAGGAGAUCCUAGACCUCCUACAAGCCCUCCACCUUCCUAAGAAAGUGAGCAUCAUCCACUGCCCAGGUCAUCAGAAGGGAGAUGACGCAGUGGCCAAGGGGAAUAGAAUGGCGGAUGAGGUAGCUAAAACAAGGGCCCUGGACAGCGUCACUCUAGUAACGCAGUCAUCUGAAACCUCAAAUAACCCUGGGUGGUCAUAUUCGGAGCAAGAUAUCCAGGGAAAAACAGUAUUGCCGAGAAAGGAAGCCAAGGACCUCAUAAAAGACCACCAUAGAUGGACCCACUUGGGACAUAAAAAGUUAAAGGCCCUACUGGACAGAAAGGAACUAACCUAUUUCAUAAUAGGACUGGACUCAUUAGCAAAACAAGCGACAGAAUCCUGUGUUCCUUGUGCAAAAGUAAAUCCAAAGUGUAUUAAAGUACCAGAGGGAGCAAGGAUGCGAGGGGCACGCCCGGGAACGAACUGGGAGGUGGACUUUACUGAGAUUCGUCCCGGUAGGUAUGGAAUUAAGUAUCUCCUAGUAUUUGUAGACACUUUCUCCGGCUGGACAGAGGCUUUUCCGGUAAAGAAGGAAACAGCGCAGGUAAUGGUCAAGAAAAUCUUGGAAGAAAUCUUUCCGUGGUUUGGCCUGCCUAAGGUACUGUGAUCCGAUAAUGGGCCGGCCUUUGUCUCCCGGGUAAGUCAGUUGGUGGCCAAGGUACUGGGGAUUGAUUGGAAAUUGCAUUGUGCGUACAGACCCCAGAGUUCAGGACAGGUAAAGCGCAUAAAUAGAACAAAAAAAAAAAAAAAAAGGGAGACCUUAACCAAAUUAAUGAUGGAGACUGGCGCUAGAGACUGGGUCGAGUUAUUACCAAUGGCCCUAUUCCGGGCCCGCAACACUCCCUCCGCGUUUGGGUUAACUCCGUAUAAAAUAUUGUAUGGGGGUCCUCCCCCAAUAGCUGACUUGUUGGGGCCUAGCAUUGACUCUUAUGCCACUCUCCCCAGUCUGCAGACCCGACUGAGAGCUCUGCAGCUGAUUCAAAAGCACGUGUGGAAACCUCUAGCGGCAGUGUACCAAUCCAAGUGCCCUACAGUGCCACACCCGUUCCAGAUUGGAGAUUCAGUGUACGUCCGCAGACAUCAGUCCAGGACCCUCGAGCCGCAUUGGAAGGGACCCUACACGGUGCUGCUGACGACACCCACUGCAGUGAAGGUCGACGGGAUUGCCGCCUGGGUUCACGCUUCCCACGUCAAGAAGGCACUGCCAGAGGGAGAAGGCCCUGCGGACGACUCAGCCAGAUGGACACUCCAGCGCACUCAAAACCCCCUCAAGAUAAGACUUUUAAAAACUGCUUAAUGUUUGUAAUCAUUAGCCUGUCGCCUGUAUUGCUUAUGACUCACCCUAGUCUCACCCUAUCCAGCUCGUCCCUCUCAAACGCCCAUACUCCGCAAAAGCUCACCUGGGAAGUGAUCUCCCCUUCGGGUAGCGUGGCCUGGUCAACCAACGACACUCGGGUCCCAGGGACAUGGUGGCCUUCUCUCCACCCAGACGUAUGCCAGAUGGUCCUGGGGCUAGAUACCUGGGAUCUACCCGAUCAGGACAGCAUCCCUCUGAAUCCAACGGGUCCGGUCAGAGACAAUCUUCCCUCGGGAUGUAGAUACCGAAACCGAAGAUGCUGAUUACUCCAGUUUGUUAGAGAUAGGCUGUCCACCGUACAGGCAUUAGUCCUCACACAACAGUAUCAAGCCCUGGCCACCAGUGACCAUAUUGAAACCCCUCAUUAACGGGCACACAAUUUUAGGAUUAAAAUUAGUUCAAAGAGAAAAUGGGGGAAUGAAAGAAGCGGCUAUGAGCCACCAUAAAAGUAGCCUUAAUAAAAAAAAAAAAAAAAAUGGGGCUCCUGAGACAAACAGUUCCAGAGACGGCCUUGGGAAAUGGGGAGUAAACCGGUUCACAGAGAAAGCAGUUAGCUACUAACCAGAGAUACAGGCAACAGAACAUCCUUCUAUGUAGAUAAGCCCCCUCCCCUGUGCUUGUUCAAGCUUAACAAAGAAA